AUGGAGGAGCAGCUGAGAGAGCUGGUCGAAGAGAAUGCCCCGCUGUCCGGUUUCGCAACCUUGGAUGCAACAUUACGUCCAGAAAAUGUCUCUGUGGAUGAGACGUGGAAUGGCUCGCCAAACACGUCCAUAUGCUCUGCAAUGAGUCGUCGUUCAAUCCUUGUUGAAAACGCAGCGGAUAGCAGCGACCCGCGAUUGCGAGUGAUCUCAGAUGGUGCCACUCGUUUCCUUCAUCAUCAGAUUGUCGAAAUUGCCAAUGAUUGCCUUUGCAAAUCUCGCGAUGAUCUCAUCAACACCGCCUAUUUCUCGGAAAUAUCACAGCGGCUUGAGGCUGUUCUUUCGGAAGCGCACGAGAAAACAUCAGUCGAAAGUUUUGCUUUCUUGUCGAAAAUAGUGAAGAAUUUGCUAAUGGUCAUUUCACGACCAGCGCGCAUCCUGGAAUGCCUGGUAUUAUUUUUUGUUGAAUUUUUCCAAUUAGACCUUCUUGUGGACAUAUCGUGUUUUCGAUGUUACGGGGAUGCUCUUACUCGUCAAACGAUGCUAAUCAGGGGGGUCUUUCAGUCCUGAGC